GAUGGCCACUUUUCGACGUCUUGAACCCUGCACAGACGGUUCUUUCAUUGUUUUGCGUGGAGUCGACUUGGUGGUUAUUUAUAUAAUAAAUUAAAUAAUUAAGCCGGGAAUCAUGUCCCUAUUUCAAAUGAAAUGGCUUAGGCGGUUGGUGAGACAGAACACAAAGCCAAUACCAGAGCUGGAGGCUGCCCUGUGGAAGCGUCGCCUGAGUGUGGUGUAUGCACUGCUGGCCUGGAAUGCCUUUGGAUUUGUUUGUUACAUGGCGUUCAGUGGAAAGAGUGAUUGGGCUCACUAUCAUGGAUUGAAAAGCGACGAAGAAAAGGAAGAAUCACAGGCGGUUCAAUUUAGUAAACGCCUAAAUGUUGAAAAGGGGAAAAUUAUACGGUAUUCUGGUUUUAAGAAGGUAGAGGAGCUGGAAUUCGACAAUACAAAAGAUAAAUGAGCCCUUGGUUAUAAAUCGAUGUAGUUUUGUUUCAAUAAAUACGAGGUAUAUUUACCAUAAACGGAAA